AGUAGAGGAACCAUAACAACUCACUAAUAACGUUCACAAGAAAACCACUCAUAUCUAUAAUGACUACUACCCUAACUCUUUUGUUAGGGUUUUUAGCCCUAUUGAGUACCCUUAGCUUCAACGCUGAAGCUAGGCCUCAACCAAGUGAUGAGGAUCUCGGUAUCGUCAUUGGACCUCACACUACUUUCGAAGACGACCUUGGCAUCGUAAUUGGACCGGAAGAGAGCGAAGACAUACAGCAGGUCAACCUAGAUGAUGAAGACUUGGGCACCAUCAUUGGACCCGAGUUUGAAGUCCACAAGAGUGAUUUCCCUGACGAUUUCAUCUUUGGAACAUCCGUUUCCGCAUAUCAGGUUGAAGGUGCUAAAAAGGGAUCAGGGAGAGGCUUGACAACAUGGGAUGAAUUUACACACAUGUUUCCUGACAAGGUUGAACAACGUAGUGAUGGAGAUGUCGGAGUCGACUUCUAUACUCGUUACAAGGAUGAUAUAAAAUUAAUGAAGGAGUUGAAAACGAAUGGGUUCAGAUUCUCAAUCUCAUGGACCAGAGUCUUGCCUUAUGGAUCAAUUGAGAAAGGUGUCAACGAGGAGGGGGUGAAGUUCUACGACGAUCUUAUAAAUGCACUUAUAGCUGAUGGCAUUCAGCCAGCGAUUACUCUAUUUCACUGGGAAUCUCCACUUGCUCUAGAAAUGAAAUACGGAGGUUUUCUAAGCGAACAGAUUGUUGAGGAUUUCCGGAAGUUUGCAAAGUUCUGCUUCGAUAAAUUUGGAGAUAGGGUUAAGAACUGGGCAACAUUUAACGAGCCAUCGGUAUAUAGUGUUGCGGGUUAUUCAAAAGGUAAGAAAGCGCCAGGACGGUGCUCUCCAUUUGAAGUCAUCAAAUGCCCCUCAGGAGAUUCAUCCGAAGAGCCUUACAGAGUUGGUCGUAACCAAAUUCUUUCUCAUGUUGCUGCUGUUGAAGAAUUCCGAAAAUGUAAAAAGUGCCAAGAGGGAGGAGGGAAAAUUGGAAUAGUGUUGGUGUCUCACUGGUUCGAGCCUAAAGAUCCAAACUCAAGUAAAGAUGUCGAGGCAGCAAGACGUUCCCUCGAGUACCAACUCGGCUGGUUUCUUCGCCCUCUCGUGUAUGGACAGUAUCCAAAGGAGAUGCUAGAAGGUACCACAAGCCGAGUGGAAGCAUUUACACCAGAAGAAUCUAAGAGACUAAGAGGCUCUUUGGACUACGUCGGGAUAAAUUACUAUGGAGCAUUCUUUUCUACUCCACUCACUAAUGUUAAUUCAUCGCAGAUUACUUAUCAUUCCGACAUGCGUGUAAACUGGACAGUUGACCAAAACCAUUCACCACAUCUCAAGUCAACAGCAAUGGGUAUAGUAAUAUAUCCAGCGGGUUUGAUGAAUCUGAUGAGACAUAUCAAAGAUGAAUACAUGGAUCCAGAGAUUUACAUUAUGGAGAAUGGGAUGGACGAGCUCGACGAUGGGACCAAGACCUUAGUGGAAGCCUUAAACGACUACGGGAGAAAAGAGUUCAUCAAGAGUCACAUCUUAAUUAUGGGCAAAGCCAUCAGGAUGUACAAUGUGAGACUGAAGGGUUACUUUAUAUGGUCGUUAAUGGACAACUUCGAGUGGGAGAAAGGAUAUAAAAUCAGGUUUGGGCUGUACCAUGUCGAUUUCAAUGACAACAUGAAACGAUAUAUGAGGUCAUCUGGGAAAUGGCUAAGCGAGUUUCUUGAUUCAAAAGAGUCUCUGCAUAAAUGCUACUUCGAGGGCCAUCGUGAGAAAGGAUAUGCUCCCAAGCUGUCUGACAGGGAGAUAUAUGAUCGUGACAACUGGCGUAUCAGAUACACGAGCGAUGUUAUGUGAAAAAUAGUGAAAGUAUGAUAUGAUCAUCGAUAUGCAGUAUGCUCAAAAUAGUAAGAAUAAGAUAUGAGAUGGUCUUAUUUAUGUUUUAAAUGUAUGUGUGAUUUUAUGUGAAGUGUUUUAUCAGUGUUUGUAUGCACAUGCUAAUAAUGAAUAAGAAUAUUAAUUAGCUAAUGUUUUCUUUUAAA